UCCAUUAAGAUCAACCGAAAGCACUCUCUCACUUCAAAAUGGAUGGUUUGAGAUCAAACUCAUAAGCUUUGAAAUCUUCCAAUGGAUCCUCUCUCGCAGUACCUGUUCACCAUACUCUGCACCCUUACUCUUUUAUUUUGCAUUUACUUUUAUCAGUCGUCCAACAAGCGAACCCAAAGCUGCUGUGCACCACCACAAGCCGGUGGUGCUUUACCGAUCAUCGGCCACAUGCACCUCUUCGGCAGUCAGCAGCUCACCCACAAAACAUUGGGUUCUAUGGCCGACAAAUAUGGACCUGUUUUCUCCAUAAGGCUAGGAUCAAACAAAGCGUUAGUUUUAAAUGCUUGGGAGAUGGCCAAAGAAUGUUUCACCGUCCACGAUAAGGUCUUUUCCACGAGACCAAACAUCGCUGCUUCCAAGCUUCUCGGCUAUGAUUUUGCUUUGUUCGGGUUCGCCCCUUACGGACCCUAUUGGCGUCAGAUGCGCAAGAUUGCCACGCUCGAGCUUUUAUCUAACAACCGGAUCGAUACACUCGAAUAUAUACGAGUUUCGGAAGUGAAGACUGCGAUAAGAGGAUUAUUUAGGUCAUGGCUUGACAGAGAUAGUGGAGUGUUGGUGGAUAUGAAGCAGUGGUUUGGGGAAUUAACUCAUAAUAUCGUUUUGAGAAUGGUGGGAGGGAAAAGAUACUUCGGACCGGACGCCGAUUGCGACGAAGCCGAGGCACGACGAUGUCAGCAAGUAAUGAGAGACGUGUCUUAUUGGUUCGGGGUGUUUGUGUUGUCCGAUGCUGUACCGUAUCUUGGGUGGCUGGAUUUUCAGGGACACAAAAAGGCCAUGAAAAGAACAGCGAAAGAAUUGGAUAGCAUUAUUGGAGGGUGGCUGGAGGAGCAUAAACAGAGGAGGCUUAGGAGUGAAGGAGUGAUAGAAGAGCAGGAUUUCAUGGAUGUGUUGCUCAAUAUUCUCGACGAUGCCGAUAUCGGUUCUUUCGACUCCGAUACGAUCAACAAGGCUACAUGUUUGGCUUUAGCCUUUGCGGGGAACGACACAACCAUGGUGGCACUCAUUUGGGCACUGUCUUUGCUACUGAACAAUCCUCGCGUGCUAAAAAAAGCACAGGAUGAGCUAGACAUGCACGUUGGCAUGCAUAGACCAUUGCAAGAAUCUGAUAUAAAAAACCUUGUCUACCUUCAAGCCGUCGUCAAAGAAACGUUGCGGUUAUACCCUCCUGUACCGGUCAUUGGUCAUCGGGCUGCAUUAGAAGAUUGCACCCUAUCGACCGGCUACCACAUUCCACCUGGUACACGACUACUGGUAAACGCCUGGAAGAUUCAACGCGACGAACGUGUUUGGACGGACCCCCAUGAAUUCCGGCCAGAGAGAUUUGUUACCAACAAUAAGAAUAUCGAUUUUCAAGGCCAAUCUUUCGAAUUCGUACCUUUCGGUUCGGGAAGAAGAUCGUGCCCCGGUGCCUCACUUGCCCUCAGGAUGUUGCACUUCAUCUUAGGCAGCUUCUUGCAUGGUUUUGAAGUCACUAAGCCGUCGAAGUUCGAAGACAUCGAUAUGACGGAAAGCACGGGGUUAACUAAUCUGAAAGCAACCCCUCUUGAAGUUCUCAUCACUCCGCGUCUUGAAUCUAAGCUCUAUGAGCUAUAGGCGUAGAACUCAUUUUGCUGAAAGUAUUCAUCAAUCUUGCUAUACCAUUUCCAUGUCCAAGAAGCCUGCUACAGUUCGUACAAUGCUUUUAUCAACUUGUACACCUCUAUUUCUUCGCCUUUAAUUGUGUAAACUUUCUCUUGCAAAUCUCUAUAGCGACUUGACAUCAAAUAGAUAGCCUAUUGCAUGUAUUUUUAUCCAUUAGUUCUAGUACAAUAUGAGC